AAUACAUACAGCUAACUCCAAGUUCCUGAGAGUGAACAGAAAAAAUGCAGAACUACUGGGCUUGGCAUCCCCAAGAGUACUGGUAUCCCCCUCCUCAGAACAACUUUCCAGGCUACCCUAAUCCCCAGAAUGACUUCCGAAGUUAUGGGGGUCCCCAGAGAAACUAUGGAGGCAACAACUAUGGAGGCAACAACUUUCAUGGCAACGGGAACAAGUAUGUGAACGCUCAAGAUUACAGCACCAACAUAGGCCCCGGUACUGGAGGUAGAUUCACAAACAUUGGCCCAGGUGCUGGAGCUUCGAACUACGGCCCUGGUGCUGGAGGUAUCAACCAUAACAAUGGUCCUGGGGCCGGAGCUCACAACAGUGGCCCGCGUUCUGGACAUUUCAAUUCUGGGCCCGGACAUUUCAAUUCUGGGUCCGGACAUAUCAACAGUGGUUCCGUCUACGGGGGGGAGUUUCGAAAUUCAAACGUUACUCCUUGGUAUCCCCCUCGGAGCAAAUUUCAAUGCUACCCUUAUCCUCAGAAUGACUUCCGAGGUUAUGGGGUUGUUCCGAGCUACCUCAGAAACGAAAUUUAUGGCAACGACAACAACUUUCAGGAUUACAGCAACAACUAUGGCCCCGGGGCUGGGCGUAGAGUCAAAAACGUUGGCCACGGUGCUGGAGCUUUGAAAGUUGGCCUUGCUGCUGGAGCCUGGAAGCAUCAACCAUGUCCAUAACAUAGGUCCUGGCGCUGGAGCUAUCACCAGUGGUCCUCAUUCCGGAGCUAUCAACGCCGACACCGUCCAUUGGGGAGUCAAUUUCUAGAUGAAAAAAACAUUUAUUCCGCAGCAGAUGUUUAUAAACAUCAGUACGCUAA